GGUCAACUUUUCCCCAGAUCCGCCAUUUCAGUCCCAGAGUUUCUUGUUGCACAUUAGUUUGGGGUUUAUUUGUGAUUAUAACAUUUGAGCGGCAAAGAAUUGGGAUUUUUCGGGAAAGCACAAGUUCUGCCAACGUUUUCUCUUGGAAGUCGCUAAAGUCGGGGCAUUUUCGUCUUUUUUUGUUCUUUUUCUCAGCGACAGUGUUAGUCAACCAAAGUUUUGUAUGAGUUGCGGAUAGGGAGAGGCGAAGGGGAAAGGCCUCAAGCCUCGGAGAGUGUUUCACAGACAUGGCCGGUAAUUUUGAUGCCGAGGACCGAGCUAGCUGGUACUGGGGGAGACUGAGUCGCCAGGAAGCCGUUUCCCUCCUGCAGGGACAGAGACACGGUGUUUUCCUGGUGAGGGACUCCAUCACCAGCCCCGGCGACUACGUGCUGUCUGUCUCAGAGAACUCCAAAGUGUCCCAUUAUAUAAUCAACAGCAUCAGUAACAACCGGCAAUCUGGCUCAGGUUUGGUCCCACCUCGGUUUCGGAUCGGGGAUCAGGAGUUUGAAGCACUGCCGGCCCUGCUCGAGUUCUACAAGAUCCACUACCUGGACACCACUACUCUCAUCGAGCCUGUAAGCAAAGCUAAGCACACAGGAUUCAUCAGCUCCUCCGUUGGCGUCUCACAGCAGCCUGAGGAGGCCGAGUUCGUCAGAGCUCUGUUCGACUUCCCCGGCAACGACGAGGAGGACCUUCCCUUCCGCAAAGGAGACAUCCUGCAAGUUCUGGAGAAGCCUGAGGAGCAGUGGUGGAACGCUGCUAGCCAGGAGGGCCGAAUCGGAAUGAUCCCCGUGCCCUACGUGGAGAAGUACCGGCCUGCCUCACCCACUGCUACUGGCCUGGGACCCUCUGCUGUGGGGACUGGACAGGUUGGAGGGGUAGUGGGGAGCACAGAUGGAACAGGGGCUCCUCAAACCAACCCUCUGGCAGACCCGGGCCAGUACGCUCAGCCUGUGGUCAACACUCAGCUGCCCAACCUACAGAAUGGGCCUGUGUUUGCCCGAGCCAUUCAGAAGAGGGUUCCCAAUGCCUACGACAAGACGGCGCUCGCUCUGGAGGUGGGGGACAUGGUAAAAGUGACCAAGAUCAACGUGAAUGGCCAGUGGGAGGGCGAGUGUAAAGGCAAGCGGGGCCAUUUUCCCUUCACCCACGUCCGACUGUUGGAACAGCACCAUCCAGACGACGAAAGCUGAGAAGCACACGUCGCCUCCAGCACGUCCCUCUGGCCAUUUUGUCACACUCGGAAACACAAAGAUUUAUACAAGCACACAGUAUAUGAACCUACGAGCUAAACCGGUCAGCCUCUCCUGACCCUGCCAGCACAAGAUGUGUUGGCUGAUCUUGCCUAAAGUCAUUUUGAUGGACGUCAGUCACACUAAGAGUUUACACUAAGGUCAGACGGAUAUCGGUUUCCCUAUAUUAACUUUUAUUUUUAAGUAAGUCUGACCAAGUAUCACUUUUGGCUUCCUUCUUGUCUACACUACUUUGGUCUCAGACAGCUAAAACAACACAGUUCUGUUUUUCUCCAUGUUGAUGGCAGCAUUUAUUGGUUUAAUGUUAUAUUUGAAAGUGGCACAGCUAGAAUCACACUGGAAGAUCAGUUAUUAGCUUCAUGUCUUUGUAUCCAGCAGAAAUGGAGGAGUUAAUCAAACCUCUCUGAGUCAGCAAAGAAAAGAACAAGACUGCAAUGUCCUUUAAUUUUCAGAGUAUUUUUAUGUACCUGUUUGUUGAACAGAUACAGGAGCAAUAAGACUUUGUUUUAGGGCGCUUUUACAUUUAACCUUUUCGGUCCGGCUCAGACAAACUUGUGCGUUCACCUGGACUCAGCAACUGCACAGAAACUGCAGGAAAAGUCAGAUUUUGGUUCAGUCGUACUCUGCAACUUGUUAGCAGUCACAGUGGAUGAGUAGUUAGCGCUGACACCUGUGUUCAACCAAAGACGCUUGUGCAGAUUUCCUCUGGGAGAUAUCAAAACAUGCUGAUUUAAUUUUCCAAAGUAGCCUUGACCAGGUUACCGGCUCAGAGCUGCUGUCCACUACUCCUUAUACUAAAAAUGGGUUAAAUGCAGAGAAUGAAUUUCCCUCUGAGGACUAAUAAAGAAUGACUUUAAUAGCA